CACAGCCUUUGAUAGGCUUUUAAUGACUGCGGUUGUGCGCAUGCGCUCUGGGAGCGUUUCUCGAUUCCUCCGGUUCCUUAUCACGGUGUGAGGAAAGCCUGCUUGGAGUUGGGCGAGCCGUUGCUGGACAACAAGGCUUUGGCGGAUAAAUAUUGGCUCAUGGAGGAACAUUAUUUUGCUCGGUAACCACCAACCCUUGCUUCUGGAAAGUUCUGAACACUUACAGCCUGUUUCUUGUGUAUGUUUACUUGGAAGAUAACUGUGGCAGUAAAAAAGCGGUUGACUUUGAGGUCCUUUUCAACAUGCCUGGGGGCAUUACUGAUACAGGAGAGCUCUAUUCACCUUAUGUUGGCCUGAUUUAUAUGUUCAAUCUCAUAGUUGGGACAGGAGCUCUAACAAUGCCAAAGGCUUUUGCUACUGCUGGUUGGCUUGUGAGCCUCAUCCUGAUAAUGUUUCUGGGGUUUAUGAGCUACAUGACCACAACCUUUGUAAUGGAGGCCAUGGCUGCUGCAAAUGCUCAACUUCGUUGGAAGAGGAUGGAAAAGCACAAGGAAGAUGAUGAUGAAGAUUCUUCAUCGGGAGUUUCCGACAGUGAUGUUCUCCUCCCAGAUAGCUAUGAGCGAUCAGAGACGCGACCGAUCCUUUCUGUUCGUCUAAAACAUGCCCUCUCUGAUGGUGGAGCAAGAGAGAGGCGAGGAGCACCCAAUAUUUUUGAAAUCACGGAAAGGAUAGAGAUGGGUCAGAUGGCCUCCAUGUUUUUUAACAAAGUGGGGGUCAACUUGUUCUAUUUCUGCAUAAUCAUCUACCUCUAUGGUGAUCUGGCAAUCUAUGCAGCUGCGGUCCCAGUUUCUCUUAUGCAGGUGACCUGUGUGAGUGGCAAUCAUUCCUACAGUGUUGAAGACGGCUCAAAGUAUAAUGAUACAGCCAAGUGCUGGGGCCCAAUCAGAUGGAUUGAUGCUUACAGGAUUUAUUUGGCAGCAUUUACACUCCUUUUGGGUCCUUUCACCUUUUUUAAUGUGCAGAAGACGAAGUAUCUACAGAUUAUGACAUCACUGCUGAGGUGGAUAGCAUUUGUUGUCAUGAUAAUUCUCGCCCUCAUCCGCAUUGCCAAGGGCCAAGGGGAAGGCCAUCCUCCUCUGGCACAGCUCUCGGGGAUCCGCAACCUGUUUGGAGUGUGUGUUUAUUCCUUUAUGUGCCAGCACUCCUUGCCUUCCCUCAUCACUCCCAUCUCCAAGAAGAAGCACGUGAACAAGUUGGUCCUGCUGGAUUACAUCUUAAUUCUGGGGUUUUACAGCCUCCUGUCCUUCACUGCUAUCUACUGCUUCCGCAAUGAUACUAUCAUGGACAUGUACACACUCACCUUCACCGGUAGUCAGAUAGUCCCUUAUGCCUUCCUGCGCUACUUCCUUGGCCUUUUUCCGGUGUUCACCAUCAGCACUAAUUUUCCUAUCAUUGCUGUGACUCUGAAAAACAACUGGAAGACCCUUUUUCACCGCGAAGGGGGAACCUACCCAUGGGUAGUAGAUAGGAUUUUUUUCCCAGUUAUUACUCUAAUUCCCCCCAUCCUUGUGGCUUUCUUCACUCAUGAUUUAGAGUCCUUAGUGGGGAUUACUGGGGCCUAUGCCGGGAACGGGAUUCAAUACAUCAUCCCUGCUUUCUUAGCAUAUUGUAGCCGAAAAGACACUCAGCUGGUUUUUGGAAGUGGCACACUCAAUAAACAUUUGUCCCCCUUCCGGCAUACAUUCUGGAUUGGGUUUGUGCUCCUCUGGGGUCUUUUUUGCUUUCUCUUUGUAACUGCAAAUAUUAUUUUGAGUGAAACACAAAUCUGAUGAUGAAACAAAACAGUAGUACUGCUUGUCCUGCAGAAACUUCAAGGUGGCUUUGGAGAUCCCUUGGCCUGGCACCCAGUAUGAACUUUUAAUAAACACUCUGCUAACACAUUCUUAAGGGUGAGACUGGAGCUGGAUGCUGACCUUGUCAGUUUUGGGUGCAGGGCUCCUGUUCAAUUGCUUUUAACGUUCCCAGCCAUCAUACAAAGCUGUGGCUUUGAGCAUUUCACCAGGCUGGUGCGCUUUUCCAGUGUCUGGCUCUUUUUUGUUUUCUUGUUUUGUUUUUGCCUUGAUCAGAGAUUCCCCUGUGGAAUGUCUUCCUCUCUGUGCUUGAUUCAUCAAGGGGCUGUUGGAUAUACAUCUCCAUGGAUAAUGCAGAAGACCAUUAUUGCUGCUAGUGAAUCGAGCAAGCAGCCAGUGAAUCGAGCAAGCAGUGAUUCCUUCUUCUGCUUAUAUUUUCAGUAAAAAUGGGGGGGGGGGGAUCACAAGAGCUGACAUUUUCCAGAAUGAGCAGGCCAACCUAAACUGUAGAGGAUGCAAGAGGAAAACAGCCAAUGGGACCAUCUUCCUGACUGCCCAAUGGUACUUGAGCAGUUACCAUUUGUCCUCAGUAUUUAUUUCCUUUUUUUUGUGACUGCCUUUUCAGCUUAAAUUUUUCCUUUGUUGUGUGGAAUGUGGUUUCUGGUUUCCCAGAAGCUUUUAUGGCUCUAAAUCUGAAAAGAUCACAACUAUGUUUAUUUUUCUCAUGACUUCUGUGUUUUCCAGUCUCUGAUUUCCUGUCCUUAGUUGCUGGUAUACCAUGUGUUUGGUGCGAGGCAAGCGCUGCUAAGAACCGCUGAGCCCUUGCUUCAUGAGGAAUAAGAGGGAAAACUGUUUUCCACAGUUCUUUUGUGCAGCUGUAUCGCCUCAACCAUUGCGACAGUCUUUCAUUUCAUACCAGUUGCGAGGGCAGCAGGGCAGGCAGAAGCUGUCACAGUUACUGUAUGGACAUGGAAGUGCCAAUUACUUGCUGGACAAGUAAUAUAUAAAAGCAUUCGUAGAGUGCAUGGACUUGUUUCUAAGCUCCUUAGCUGGGUAUUGCCAGAUGUUGGACUUCAACCAUGUAUUGAUGCAGAAUAAUUAUAUGCAAAUGUAACCAGAGAGAAUAAAAUCAUGGUGGCUAAGAGAAAGUCACUCCUAAAA